AUAGUCCAAUCGGUUUGUAGAGAACAAUAGCCCAAGCGCGCUCCCGACAGCAAAGAGCACUGGGAGAGGUUGGAAAGCGCCAGGCAGAAAAACAUCUACAAAUUCUCAGCACAUCCACAAAUCAGCGUUAAACGACAGUAUGUCUGAAGAGAAGACAAAGGAAGGCGUGAAGACGGAGAACGACCACAUUAACUUGAAGGUGGCCGGUCAGGACGGGUCGGUGGUGCAGUUCAAAAUCAAAAGGCACACGCCCCUCAGCAAGCUAAUGAAGGCCUACUGCGAAAGACAGGGUUUGUCAAUUAGGCAGAUUAGAUUUAGGUUUGACGGACAGCCAAUCAAUGAGACGGACACACCGGCACAGCUGGAGAUGGAAGAUGAGGACACUAUCGAUGUAUUCCAGCAGCAGACGGGCGGGAACUGCUGAACGCGUCUCUCCCUGCGGACUGUACACACCUCCUACCCGGAGAACAUCAGCUCAGCUAUUUUAUUUCAUUUUUCCUCCAAACGCUCUUCAACUUUGUUUUGUUUUGUAACUCCACCUCCCCCCCCCCCCCCCCCCCCCCCUCUGUUAAAUGUGUGUAAGAGGACACGUUUUUAGACAGUGUAAGAGGCUCCGCUUGGGAGUGAAGUUUCACACACCCUCCCUGGAGUCUGCAGCAGUACCGACUCCCUCAGGGGGUCAAAGGGCACCCUAACUCAUAGACUUCCUGUUCAGAGCUCCGUCCUGGUUCAAAGGUCAGAGGUCACGAUGGGGCAGGCCAGUUUCGAUAUUUGUCGUGUGGAAUUUAGUUUGCCCGUGGACCAGGGAUGCGGGGCGUUCCCAUAGUGAUGUCAUUAGAUCUGCCACCAGUUGGAGGAGCUUUUGAAAUCUCCCGCGGUAUGGUGUAUAUGUUAGGUCUGUCUAUUUUGGGUACAUGUGCAGAUGGAAUGUGUGUCCUUUUUAAUCAGUGCAGUUUGUGGAAAAGCCUUUGUCUCUGCCAAUGACUGGUGUAUGGAAGCCAUUCAUUUCCUCGGACUCAACAGUAUCAAGCUAAAUGGGGAGGGUGUGGAGGGGGGGGGGGGGAGGGGGGGUGUUGUAAUGGAUGAAAGAAUAAGAUGGUAUCUGGACCAAAUGCUAUACCCAGUAUUCUGAUCAAUAAAUGUUUUGAGAUUCUACAAAAAAAAAGCAAUGUAUGUUUUCUUUUUAAUGCCUUUUGAGGAAACAUUUUCUAGAGUUUCUCCUGCACUCCUGCUUGUUGAGGCUCAUCAUGAACGCCAGAGAAACACUCGUGAAACACGUGUGUGUGUGUGCGGUCCUCCCCACACACGCCCUCUGCGGAACGGAAAAGCGAACCGUGCCUGAUGUCAACAAGACGCUCUCUUCUCAAAACAGAGGUGAAUUUUACGCUGAGGGCUGAGCUUUUACUCCUGAUUUGUACAUUUAUUUGUUGUCCUUUACUACUGUAAACAAUAAAUAUAGUUUGGUACUCAG